AGAUGAGUGAUCGCCUGUGGAUCGCCUCAAAGAGAGCAACAGAGCAUGUCAGUAUACUGGAGACUAUGACAAAGUAAGCAUACGUGGUCCCUCCCGCUUCCCGACACGGUGCUGACCGUGACCUGCCGCACCAUCAGACGGAGUGAAGGAGCCGCGCGCAUUUAGCUGGUGGGGAGUGCAGCUCACCCUGGGGUGGCUUCAGUGAUUUGUUGGCUUCGUGCAAGAUUUCACAUCAACAAUACAAAUACUGAUUCAGAACGAACCGCGCUUCUCAUGAAAGAAGUCAUGCAGUGAUGAAGAAAGUAGCAAGUACCAUAUCCAGCAAUCUCUCAAUAUAAAGAAUCUUAAUAUAAUGAAUAUUGGAUACAAGAAACCUUUCAUGCCUAUCAAACAAACUUCACACUUAAUGAACUUUAAGGCAUUGCAAGUGGCAGCAGUUUGCCAAAUGCAACUCAGGAAGAGCCACAAAUCUGAAGGGUGUACCUACUGCAUGGGACUGCUUAUCACUGAAGCAGCCUGUGCCACAGGACUGUAACUCACAUCAACGUGUGUCAUAUUCCACAAAUUGAUGGUUCUGGUGGUGUUGGUGAUGAGUGUGAUGGUGAUGGUGGCAGGAGCAGUGAAUACCAUUCCCAGCAGAAAGUUCACCAAACAGGACAUGACACAGGUGGAAGGAGGAAUACAGUUGGUGUCCAAAAAGGUACAAACAAGCAUAGAGUGCAGUGCCAUCUGUACCACCAUGGACUGCCUCGACUACACCCUCACCACCUCCAGCCACUGCACCACCUACUCUUCUGUCACUCAAACCAUUGGUGAUGCUGAGAUGCGACUCUAUUCUGCCUACAGGCAGCUAGGUGAGGCUUGCAGAGAUGACUCUCUUUGUGCUGGAAUAUCACAUGCUGCCUGUGUGGGUGGCAACUGUAAUUGUGUGCUGCCAGCCUUUCCUGACAAUGGAGGGAGCUGUACAAUCUUUAACCUUGGAGCGUCCUGCAGUAGUAAUGAGCAGUGUCAAGAAACAGUCAACAACACUGUUUGCUCUGAGGGUACCUGCCAGUGCAUCUAUGGCCUCACUCCUGACUUCAACAACAACACCUGCUUGUACACUGCAGCAGCAAAGGGGGAGGCCUGUGCUGUAGACACCCAGUGCACCUUGACACAAUAUAAUGUCUGCCUCAAUGUCACAGAAGGCAUGUGUGUCUGUACCCCUGGAGCCAUUGAUGAGGGAGACUCCUGCAGGGCUUUGAGUCUUGGAGAAGCCUGCACCUCCACCAUAGAGUGUGUAGUUGGCGUGAAUAACAGCACAUGUGUUGGCGUGUGCCAGUGUGCAGAAAAGUUCUUGCCUGCAGACGACGACACCAGGUGCCAGUAUGACUAUGCCAGUGGAGGAUUCACAGCUGUUGGAGGGCGCUGGGCACUGUUUACAAAACUUGGCCCUAUGUCCUGGGAUGCCCUAAGGGCCUUCUGUUGGGAAAUUCAAGCCAAGAUGUUUACACCAAAGAAUGAAGCUGAGUUUGAAUUGAUGAAGACAGAGGGAGGAGAGCAUGACCUGCUGGGAAAUUUCUAUAUACCAAUUAAUGACAAGAAUGGACAACUCCUCUGGAACAAUGGAUCCUCUCCUACUGGUGUCUCCUUCCUGCCCUGGCAAGGUGGUGUGGAGGGAACAAAAAACUUCCUGUCUUUCUUUCCCAAUUGUGGUUUUGUGGCAAAAAUUUCCCCCCCUCUCAUGGCACCUUACUGGGAAGUCAAACUCACUGGAUGCCUGGACUUGUCAAGCUCAAUGGUUUCAUGUGAGGCUACAAUGAACUGAUGAACUUCAGCAGGUUUUGAGGAGCUUGGUCAAAAUUUCAUCUACAGUGGUAACGGCAAAUUUACACCAAAUAUUGUCAAGAAGGAAAAUAACCUUGAUAUUUAUGUAUCCUAACUUCUUUUUUCCAGGGUAUAUUACUGUGUGCACAUCACUUGUGUUACUUGCAAAUUCAUUCUGGGGAGCAAAUUCACUUGAGGGAGGAAGUGGGUGAAGGGUAGGCAUAUUCAAAUAGCCUAUAAAUUGCAGGGACAUUGAGACAUGUUGCUUUCCUGGGAGAAAUAGAAAGUAUUGAUCCUAGAAAAGCCAUAAGGUGACUAAGAUUACCACAUCAACUUUUUUCAGUGAAUGCUUUCACUGUCGGACAAUUUUUCCCAUAAAGUGUUUUCAACACUUGUUUUUAUAUUACAGUGUCUUAGAUAGUUAUGUUGUCUAAAAGGACAAAAUUAACCUACUCUCUCUCUCUCUCUCUCUCUCUCUCUCUCUCUCUCUCUCUCUCUCUCUCUCUCUCUCUCUCUCUCUCUCUCUCUCUCCUAUAUCCAUGCAAACAUUAUUUAUUUUUCAGUGUUUUGAAUGUUAACAAUGACUGAUCACAACAAUAAAAAACAAUGACCUCCAUUUUGGGAAGAGAUUCCAACUAUUCAGCAAGUCAGUGUCACAUUCCAAACUUUCAUCCACUAUUUGUCCAAACUUACAACCUUUUCCAAUGUUCAUCCCCUUACUGCCUUUAGCACAUCCUCCUUCAUGAUUAAGAACCCACUUAACUCCUUGACACAUUCAUUCCUUGCUCUAUUUCUAAUGCAACAAUCUGAUGCUCUUUAUUCUCUUCCAUAUUAAGCAAUCUCUCAAGCUACUUUGCCCAUAUCUGAUGUAUAACAUCUUUCUCAGUCAGAAUCAUGUCUAUACAAUCAGUGUUCAUGCACAACUACAGUGCUAUGCUGCAAAAACUUAUAAUCUAUAUGACUCCUGGUUUCCAGGCUUUAGAUUUUCCAUCUAAAUAUUUUUACAUGAAGAAUGCACUGAGUAUGAACUGUUCUCUUUCAUGGUAGCGAAAGAUUUCUUUCCAUAACACUAUUUUGUUCACUGAAAGCACUCCAUCACAUCAAUAUUCUUUCUUGAUUUCUUAGAUUUAUCAAUAUGUCUUUCAGAUCAUGCACAUGAACAAAGUAAUGAGAUCACUUAAAUAUGGAAGUGCUAACAGAACAAGAAUGUUACCUAGCUGCAAGUUUUCUUUUUCUUUUUCUUCUAAAAUCUGAUGCUAUUUAUAAAACAUCACUUGACUUAGUUAACUGCAUUCAUUUUGCUCCAAGAGGAUGUUGAGAGGGCAGGAGAAUGCUAUCAACUUGGUUUUAUCAGCUCUUUAUACUAAGAAUAGCCAAGUUUUUUCAAGAUAUAUUUGCAUGGCUUGAAAAUAUACAAAGUACAGCACAAUCAGUCACAGUCAUUCCAUUUUAAGCAAUGUGAGAUCUGUCAGGACCAUCAACAAAUUACUUAUCUUCACCAUUAUUCUGUCCACCUUAUUAAUGCAAGAGUUAGUUAAUACCUUUACUCUUCAACCCCAUUCACUGUUUAACUCUGAAACUCCCAACCUGUUUCUACCUUUCUUUCCUCUUAUUAUCAUUUUAAAAGAGGAGCAUCAAGAUAUUUUCAGGACUAAAGUAGCCUUCUGAGAACUCUUUCAAUAUUCAUUUUUUUUUUUUUUUUUUGCAAGCAGAAAAUUAAGUGAGCUCCACUUCCUGUGCCUUUGGAAAGUAUUGAUUUAUAAGAAAAGAACAAAAAAAAAAAAAGAAAAUGAAGUAGCAUGGACCACAUCUUCCACUCCCUCACCACCUGACUCAGAGGAAGACAACUUGGCCCCCCAUUGCUCUAAUUCCUUUUGUCUGUUUGUUGCACAAAUACCACAUCAUUUACAGUUUCAUCUGAUUGUUAAACCAUUUACAUUUCAACAUAUUUCCAAUUUUAAUUUACAAGGUGUGGGGGUGUGUGGCAAGACUCAACUUCCUGCCGUAUCAUGGCGCGUGGGAGUUAGUGUUUACUCAGCCGGGACUUAAAAUGAGUGAGCUGUGUGUGUGCUGUGUUUGGUAAAAUUCAUGGUGUCUAGUUUCAUAAUAUUUCAAGUUAAAAAUGGACUUAUUUGAAAUGUUCCAAGAAACCAUCCAUAUUUCUAGGGUUAAUAGGUAUUAGAUAUGUGUAGUGAAGGAUAAUGACUAGAUGGCACAUUAAUCAGCGUGUUUGAUUUUUUCUUGCUCAUAGAAAAGAAAAGAGAAGUGAGGGUGGAGGUAGCAAACGUGUCACCAAACAGCAGGAUGAGAGCAUUGGUGUUGAGCAGAUACCAACACUCACUUCACCCACAUACAGCAUAAAAUAAAAGACGAACAUUAAA